AUGAUUGAGGGGGACGAUGCGAUGUCUGCUAGAAAACAAAUAUGCAAGAUGCAAGAGAAAGUAGUUUUCCAUUCUUACAAUCAACGUGUAGUUAGGAACACUCCGAUAAACCCUUAUUACAAUAUGGCUGCUAUGGACACGGAUCAACAAGCCGGAGGUGAUGGCUGGAACCUCCAAGAUGACAUGAGCAAGGAUGAUCCUGACAUGUGGGAGAUAUUGCAAAAAGAAAAGCUCCGUCAAAAAAGAGGGCUUGAGCUGAUCGCCUCUGAGAACUUUGCGAGUAAAUCUGUGUUACAAGCUUUAGGCUCUUGCUUUAAUAACAAAUACUCUGAAGGGCAAGUUGGUCAAAGGUAUUAUGGAGGAAAUGAGUUCAUCGAUGAAAUGGAGACUUUGACAAUCAACCGAGCUCUCCGGUGUUUCCGUCUGAAUCCCGAAGAAUGGGGCUGCAACGUUCAGCCUCUUUCUGGAUCCCCUGCCAACUUUGCUGUCUACACAGGAAUCGUAGGACCUCAUGGACGUAUCAUGGGAUUAGAUUUACCAGAUGGUGGACAUUUAUCUCAUGGUUUCAUGACUCCAACAAAAAAGAUCUCUGCAACAUCGAUAUUCUUUGAGUCUAUGCCAUAUAGAGUGGAUCCCGUCACGGGGCUUAUAGACUAUGAUCAGUUACAACAAAAUGCAAGACUUUUCAAACCAAAUAUGAUUGUAGCAGGUGUGAGUUGUUACUCCCGUAACCUUGACUACAAGAGAUUCAGGGAGAUCGCAGAUGAGAAUGGCUCAUAUCUAUUGGCCGAUAUGGCACAUAUAAGUGGCCUUGUGGCAGCUGAUGAAGUCCCAAGCCCAUUUGUGUAUUGUGAUGUUGUUACCACGACAACUCAUAAGACUCUCAGGGGACCACGCUCAGGGAUGAUCUUUUACAGAAAAGGAGUGCGAAAGGUAACAGCAAAGGGAGACAAAGUGAUGUACGAUAUCGGGAAGAAAAUUGACGAAGCUGUCUUUCCAGGUCUUCAAGGAGGACCACAUAAUCACGCAAUAGCUGGAGUUGGAAUUGCUCUGAACCAAGCGAUGAGACCAGAAUUCAAAACUUACCAGAAGCAAUGCAUGGCUAAUGCCAAGGUUAUGGCUAAAGUCUUCAUGGAAAGAGGAUACAAAGUUGUCUCAGGUGGUACUGACAAUCAUCUCAUCCUUGUUGAUCUGCGACCACAGAAAACAGAUGGGGCUCGAGCUGAGAAGAUUCUGGAGGAGGUCAGCAUUGCAGUGAACAAGAACACAUGUCCCGGGGAUAAAAGUGCAUUGAAGCCAAGCGGUCUGAGACUCGGCUCUCCUGCUCUCACCUCAAGAAACUUCAAAGAAGCGGAGUUUGAACGAGUUUCUGAUUUUGUAGAUAAAGCAAUUAAACUGACCCUAGAGAUCCAGGCAGACUGUGGUCCCACCCUCAAGGAGUUCAGGGCCAAGGUUAAAGAGGAUCAAGCUGUACGCGAAAAAAUAAACACUCUCAAAUCAGAAGUUGAAGCUUUUGCUGAAAAAUUCCCCAUGCCAGGUUUUAAUGAGUUGUAAAACUUGCCCAAUAUAUCUCUGCCUAUGAACAAUGAAUUUGAGGGAUAACAACAUUGUAUGGAGUAUCAAUGUGGCAGUAAUAGUUCACUCUGAAUGGAGUAUCUGAGAUCUUAGUAUUGUGUGCUGACUAAAUGAAUCAGUUUAUGUAUUCGAUUCAUUUGUUCCUUCUAAGUUACUCUUUCUGAAGCCUUUUUGGAAUGACAAAGCAACAGCCACCAUGAUACUUCAGGCAUUGUGUUUUUUAGGGAACAAUCGUGCGAACAUACAGUAUUUAUCUGCCAUAAAAUUUUGAAUUUUAUGAUAAGGAAUAGGAGUAAAUUUUGCUCAAUAAUUGUUAAGGUAUUAGUUAAUGUUGAUUUCUCAAAUGUUAACACACCAUAAGUGAAUGCACGAUGUGAACAAGAACACUAUUAGAUGCUUCUGCACAAUUUUUUUAUCAUGUUAAUUUUGUUGAAUUGUGAUUGUUCUAUUUUGAAAUCGAACAACUUCAUUUUAUUACUGUGAUCACAUUGCAGGGUUCAAAACUCACAAUUGUGCGACUGCCAAUGGCAAGCACUUUUUCAUUUCUGGCAAUGAAUUUGGAUAAUUGAGUUGCUUAUUGGGCAAUUGACUGAAUGCCAAUAUUUUAAAUUGGGCAAAGGACUGAAUGCCAGUAUGUUAAACUUUGGCAAUCACCUUUAUCUUGGACCCUUUGGUCAGAUUAGUACUAUUUACAUUAUUUUGUGGGAAUACUUACUAUGUAGUUAGAAUUGUAGCCAGAGCGGAGGUGCUGCUAUAAUUAUAGAGACAGUACUGAAAUAUUAGGGUAAAAGAAUCUUACUUAGACGUGGCUUAAUAUAAUGAACAAUACAAUAUAUAUAUGGACUCUCUCAGGAGUUUAUAAUGGGUGUUUAAAUGGAUAAAGUUUUUUUGUUCAAAUAUAUAAUUAUUUCAGUUAUUGACACAUCAUUUUAACAAUAUUCUAAAUAUUUAUUUAUACUAUUACUAUUAUUACUAUGUAAUGCAUGGUGUGCGGAACUGUCAUAUUGUUAUGUGUUAUGAAAAAAGGUUUUAAUUGUCACAAAUCCAAUUAUGUUAAACGAUUGAUAAUUUUAAUUAAGAAAAUAUUAAAACAUUUUCUUUCAAUGAAGAUUUUCAGGUGCACUAGUUUUUUUUUAUUGUCUACUUAUGUUUAUACUUAUGUUUAGGUAUUUUUUGAAGUGUAUUGAUAAUGUAUAAUAUGAGGGAUUGUAAAAUCAAGGUUAUGGAAUCAGGUAAAAUAAACUUUACAUGACAAUAAAAACUAUUUUUCGACUUGCAAAAUUUGAAAAUCCUAUAAAAGUAAAUCAUCAAUCAUCAGUCACAUUUGCUCUAAGGCAGUUGAGCAUUACAGAAUAGAUAAAGGAAAUUGACAUUUAACUGU